AUGCCCGUUAUCCAUCCGGUCACGGUCGUCAGACCGUCUGCUCAACCAGUCUCUAUCGUCUCUUCUGUCGUCUCUUCGGUUACCGAGAGAGAACGACCCAACGAAUCUACCCUGAGGGAAGCAGCGUCAGCCGGUGGUUGCGUUGCAUAUGCUUGCUUUGUCUGUGAGGAGGGAAAUCUAGACAGCGUCAAGCUGCCAAACAUAGUUGUCGCUGUCGUCCUCGCGCUCGUCGAAACGUUCCCCUCUCUCUCUCCUCCCGCCCGUGCCGAGAUGUCGGAACCUAUCAAGAAGGAGGCUGGUCCACCAGCCAAUAAUGACCAUCCAGAGGUCACGGAAGAGAAGCAACCAGAACCAGAAAAGAGACAACGUCAAUACAAGGAGUUUGAAGGAGAGGAAAAGGAAGGUGCCGUUCGUGAGUGUCGUCUUUCUCUCUACCUACUUUUCUUCUAUCAUCCUCGCGCUGCUUGCGCUCGUCUUUACGCCCAUGUGCGUGCCGGGUUUUGUUGGAGCUCGCAAAACGUUCCGCCGGCAAUCACUGCGUCAUGA